CCUCCUUUUUCUACCACUGCAUCUACCCUCAUCUAUUCGAGUCGACGAGACCGCUCGCGAUGGUUAUAUAUGACCUCCUCUUCCCUUUCUCCUCCCACUAUUACCCCUCCCAUGACGGAUCUGUCCACCAUCUCAUUCCCAUAAACACGUUUUGUCGAUCUAUCUGCCCCAAUCUUACCCAUCCAUCCGUCCAAUCCAGCUCGCAAUCUCACAUACACGCUUUGCCUUGCGGUCGUCUUCUGCAUCAUCCAUAUGACCUGUCUAUCGCAGCCGUCAUCCUCCCCGACUUGUCUCACUCACCCCUCACCGCCUUCACACCAGCACCCAUUGUACAUCUCUCACUGACCGAGGUAUCUCGUUAUAGCAGUAUCCCAUGGCCUCCAUUGUACGCAUACCUCACGUACGCGACUCAAUACAUGCAACAGGUCGCUACGGUACCCUCCAUGAUGGCUCUCAUCUUUUCGCCCUCGUUAUCCUCUCCCUUCCGCCAUUCACCCUCCACCAUUUUUCUCUUCCCCAAAACUCGUUGCCGAUGCGCGGAUGUUGUGCGCAGCGCGCAUCGAACCGAUCUCAUCAUGUUAUCCCACACUUGUCAGUGUCUCGACAUCGUCGACGCUGACAGUUCGUACAUACAUACUUCCGUUCCCGCUCAUAUCUAGACUUUCUCUUCCGGUCUGUUGCACGUUUUGCUACGCAUGUUCGACACGACGUUUUUUUUUCUUCUGUUCACUCGAGCAUAAUUUUCGGAGUGGUUACAAUCAACAAAAUUUCUUCCAUUC